GGAGAGGAUUUUAUGCUAACUAUGAAAAUAAAAAACAUUUCUGAAUUCUGAUGCGUAGGGACCGUUUGGCAGAGAAUUAAAAAUUUUGUUUUAGAAAGAACGUACUAACAUCCACAGUAGGGAACAGAAAAUUAAAAGCAUACAAGUCUAUCCAGAUGAUAGUCGGACGGCGAGAUAAGGCUAACGUCAAGGUAAGGCUAGACAAUUUUGAGUAAAUUUUUUAUAUAUAUCAUAUCAUUUAAUUCAAUUUGUUAUAUAACAUGUUUUUAUUUUAUUUUUAAAGAAUGUAUGUUUAAGGUGAGAGUUUUGAGUACAUAUUAUAUGGUGUGGUCUAAAAAAAUUCAUUAAAUAAUACCUAAUAAAAAAAUUAAGAUCAUAAAAUGAUUGUUUUGGUGAGAUUAGGAGUAUAAGAGAAGAUGACGAGGGGCUAAUAAAUUAAAAGAAAAUAAAAGAAAGAAAAGAGAAGAUGGAGGGACCAUCUCAAAGAGAUAAAAAUGGAGGCUCUUCUUCGCGCGAACACCGAACGGAGCCUCUGCAACAAAUAUUUUUUUCCAGAUUUCGGCGUUCUCCAUAUACGUCCUCCCAGCCCCUGCCAGCUCCGCCUAAUUCUGUCCAGGCGUCCGUCUAAUAUGCUUUACGAUCUUGUGACCGAAUUUUAGAACAGUGAGUCCAUCGACAGCUCUACAACUAGAGAGAAUUAUCUGAGUGAAUAGCUGUGCUAACACCCCACCCCAACAGCAACCUAGUCGAAGUUGAACUGGACGGCCAUGGCGGCGGAGUCUAGUUGGUGAAUCAAAUCUCAGAUCAUCAAGUUGUCAGACAUCAGAAGAACUAAGCCUAACCAUCCUCUCAUAGUCAUUGAGAUUCGUCCGAGGCACAAAACGUUCUCAAAGUCUGUACCAGUUGAAGCUAAAGAAGAUCCAGGACAGGUAUGGAAAUUGUUAGUUCCGUACUACAAGUUGGUGAGUUGUUAUGGAAUCCAGUGAAGCGUAAUGUGGGUUACCUGGUGCAUUACAAGAGGCACAUACAGUCUCUUGAAGUUCUGGUAGAAAAGCUUGAGACCACGCAGAAUGAUUACCGGCGAAGAGUGGAUGCGGCGUUAAUGAAUGGAGACGAAGUUAGGUCCGAGGUUCAAAAAUGGCUCAAGGAUGCUGACAAGGCCAUAAUCGAUGCGAAAAGACUGAAUAAUGAAGCCGGAGAAAACAAAACAUGCCUUGGAGGCUGCUGCCCGAAUUUGAAAUGGCGUUACACUUUAAGCAAGAGAGCAGUUAAUGAGACAGAAGAAUUGAACAAGAUUAAAGAAGAGAAAAGGUUUGAAACAGUUUCGCUUCAAGUUCGCCGACCCGUUGAGUUUGAGUCCACCAUGUCAACAGGAGAUUUCGAAGCAUUUGAAGCAACAAGGCAAGCCAUGGAUGGGGUCAUGAAGGCGCUGAAAGACGAUAACAUCACUGUCAUCGGGGUUCAUGGAAUGGGAGGCAUAGGCAAGACAACCAUGGUGAAACAUGUUGGUGUGCAAGCGUGUAAAGACAAGCUCUUUGAUCAUGUUAUUAUGGCUGUCAUUUCCCAAAACCCAAACCUGGUAAAGAUUCAACAACAGCUUGCUGAAAUGCUCGCCUUGAAUUUGAAUGAGCAGACAGAAAUAGCCAGAGCAGCUAGAUUGAAGGAGAGAAUAAUGAGAGGUAAAAAGAUCCUUAUAAUUUUAGAUGACAUUUGGAGGACAAUAGAUUUGUCUCGCAUAGGGAUCCCCGAUCAUUGCGAGCUCCAAAACUGCAACUCCAAAGUCCUACUCACCACAAGGAUAUGGAAUGUAUGUCAUGCCAUGAAGAGCCAAGAAAAGAUCCAUCUCGAUAUCCUUUCAGAAGAAGAUUCUUGGGCCUUGUUUGUGAAGAAGGCAAACAGGUCUUUUGAAUCAACCAAUUUAUGUGACAUAGCAAGGAAGGUAGCCAGAGAAUGUGGUGGUCUCCCAAUUGCUUUGAUUGCAGUUGCAAGAGCACUCGGAGAUAAGGACUUGGAAGAAUGGAGAGAAGCAGCUCGACGACUAGAGAUGUCCCAAACUACCAACCUUGAUGACGAGGAGGAUGUGUUCAGAUGUAUAAAGCUGAGCUACGAUUACUUGAAAGGCAAUGACGCGAAGUCAUUUUUCUUACUUUGCUGCUUAUUCCCGGAGGACUCUGAUAUCCAAAUCGAAGACUUGCUGAAGUAUGGUUUUGGGAAAGGAUUGUUUCGAGAUGCCAAUUCAAUGCAAGAUGCCAGAAGCACAGCACAUUUGGUGGCCAAGUACCUUAAAGCUUGUAGCUUGGUUUUGGAUGGUGAACAAGAUGGAUGUGUAAGAAUGCAUGAUGUGAUUCGGGACAUGGCAAUGCGAAUUGCAUCAUCUGGGGAUGGCCAAGGAUUUUUCGUAAAAGCUGGCUGCCACUUAAAGGAUUGGCCAACGAAUUCACUUGAAGACUACUCUGCAAUCUCCCUAAUGGGGAAUGAAAUUUGCAAUCUUCCUGACGAGUUGGUAUGUCCAAAACUCCAGAUUUUAUUACUACAGUCAAAUUUUGAAGUACAGGAGAUCCCAGAAGAUUUUUUCAAAAGCCCAAAUGCAUUAAGGGUAUUCGACAUAAGUAGUACCGAAAUUUCUUCAUUACCAUCAUCAUUUAAUCUCUUAACCAAGCUCCAAACGCUGCAUCUAGAUCGUUGUCAGUCAAUAACGGAUGUAUCAAUUCUCGGAGAACUGAAAAAACUGGAGGUUCUUAGUUUGAGAGAAUCUGGUAUUGAGGAAUUGCCGGAAGAAAUUGGACAUUUGACCAAUUUAAGGAUGUUGGAUCUCACUAUGAGUACCUACAUUGCAACAAUUCCAUCCAAAGUGAUAUCGCAGCUGUCCAAAUUAGAAGAACUAUACAUGCAACUGAGUUUCGCUGAUUGGGGCAAGAAAGUUGAAGGAGAAGAUGACAAAACUAAUGCUAGUUUUGAUGAGCUAAUUAGCUUGUCUUCCUUAAACAUUUUGAAGGUUGACAUAUCUGAUGCAGAAUGCCUUCCGAAAAAUGUAGGGUUCCUUCGAAAUUGGGUAAAUUUCGAUAUAUGUAUCAGCAGAGACCCAGUUCAUCGGUCCAUGAAUGUCCACUUAUCAAAGAAUAUUGUUACUCCAUAUUCAAGAGCCUUGUUUCUGGACACAUCAAUCAAUACACUGCCGGAUUGGUUUAACACCACAGUUACGGAGAGAGUGGAGAAAAUAAUCUACUUGGAGCCUAGAAGUUUAACUGACAUUCUUGUGGAGUAUGAUCAUGGGAAGUUACAUGGACUCAAGUUUUUGCAUCUCCAAGAGUGCCGUGAGAUAGUAACUUUGAUAAACACAGUAACCAGGAUUCCAAAUAAGCCUGUGCUCGAGAGCUUGGAAGAGUUGCAUGUCUUCUGCUGGGACUGCUUGCAACAGUUAUGUAUUGGUGAAUUACUGCCGGGGUCGCUUGGAAAUCUCAAGUUCUUGGAGGUGGAGCAGUGUGAAGGUGUGGCGGAGGCACUUGUUCCAUCUAAUCUGUUGCAGAGACUACAAAAUCUUGAAGUACUUAUUGUAUGUGCCACUGGUAUCGAUUAUAUAUUCAAAUCUCAAGGGCUUGAACAAGGAGAAACGGUCUUGACAAAAUUGGGAGAGAUGAAACUGGAGAAUCUACCGGAACUGACAAACAUAUGGAACGGUCCUUCUCAGCCUGACAUGUUUCAUAAUCUUAAAUCUCUGACGAUUUCCAAGUGCAAGAAAUUGAAAACUCUCUUCACAUUCGAUGUAGCUCAAUGUCUGCGGCAAUUGGAAGAGCUUUGGGUGGAGGAAUGUCAUAGCUUGGACAAACUUUUCGGCCUAAGCGAGGGAUUUAUAGUGCAGGAUUACGAGAUCAUUUUUCGACAACUAAAGAACUUAGCAUUGCAAAGUCUUUCAUCGCUGACAAGCGUCUCCGCUGGAAGUGCUAGACUUUUGUUCCCUUCACUGGAAUACUUGCAUGUGCUUGACUGCCCCCGGUUUUUAACCUCUACUUCUGACUUCCACAGCAAGAUGCAAGUCCAACUAAACAAUGAGCAACAUUUCCUCUUCCUAAGGAAAAGGUUGUGGGAGCAGAGGUAAUUAAUUUUCCUGGAAGAAGAAGCUGAUGAUAAAAGCAAGAGGAGAUUUUUCAGGUUCCACAAGAAGAGUAGUAUUACAAUAUCUGGGAGACUAAUUUACCAUAUUUCCACAUACGAGCUAUAAUAGCAGUGUCAUGUUAUUUACACACUGAUCCAAUUUCCUAAAGUACAAACCACAAGGUUCUUGUGCAGAGGUAAAAACAGAUCUGAAUACGAACAUUGAGGGUGCGUUUGUUGCAUCAGACUAUUUUAAAUUGAAAUUGCUUCACGAAAUAAGCUUGACUGA